CUACAAGCUAUGUGCAGUAUAUAUUUCUUGGUUCUAGUCAUACUUCUGCCUUGCUGCUUCGAGAUUCUAAGCUUAAGCUGCUCCACCGCCAUGAAGGAAACACUCCGGUACUUGGCCGGCAUUGCUGGCCCCAGCGGCUACGGCUCCAAAACCACCGCCGAUCAAGUUGUCCGAUCUUCUUCUUCCUCCCCUCACCACCAUCUCACUGCCAUAAUCACCGGGGCGACUUCCGGUAUCGGAGCGGAGACGGCGAGGGUGCUGGCGAAGAGAGGAGUUCGACUAGUGAUACCGGCGAGGGACUGGAAGAAGGCGGUCGCAUUGAAGGAAGGGAUUGAGAAGGAGAACCCGAAGGCUGAGAUCAUCUUGUUUGAUAUUGAUCUCAGCUCAUUGGCUUCUGUCAAGAGAUUUUGUACUCAGUUCCUGGCACUUGGAUUGCCACUUAACAUCCUCAUAAACAAUGCAGGCAUAUUUUCUCAGAAUCUGGAGUUCUCAGAGGACAAAAUCGAGAUGACAUUUGCAACAAAUUACAUAGGACAUUAUUUACUUACAGAGAUGCUAAUAGAAAAGAUGGUGGAAACAGCAGAGCAAACAGGCAUCCAUGGAAGAAUCAUCAACCUCUCUUCUGUGAUUCACAGCUGGGUCAAACGAGAGUGUUUCACCUUCACCCAGAUGCUCAACCCCAACAAGUAUAAUGCAACCCGUGCUUAUGCUCAAUCCAAACUGGCAAACAUAUUACAUGCCAAGGAAAUAAGCAGACAGCUAAAGGCAAAGAAUGCAAAAGUGACCAUCAAUGCGGUUCAUCCAGGGAUUGUAAAGACUGGGAUUAUCAGAGCACACAAGGGCUUUAUUACAGAUUCUCUAUUUUUUAUUGCUUCAAAACUGCUCAAGUCCACCUCACAGGGUGCAUCAACUAGCUGCUAUGUGGCAUUGAGCACACAAGCACAAGAGUUGAGUGGGAAAUACUUUGCAGACUGCAAUGAAUGUAUCUGCUCGGCCUUGGCGAACGACGAGUCCGGGGCUAGGCGGCUGUGGACGCAGACCCGAGCUCUGAUCAGCAGAAGGUUGCAGUAUCAAAUCCCUACACCAUCUUAGAAUGUUUCAUUAUUUACCAUGUUUGUGUAAAAUGGUAAACUUAGAUUGAUUGCAGACUGCAAUGAAUGUAGCUGCUCGGCCUUGGCCAACGAUGAAUCUGACGCUCGGAGGCUGUGUAUGCUGACCCGAGCUCUGAUCCACAGAAGAUUGCAGCAUCAAAUCACUACACCAUCUUAGAAUGUCUCAUUAUUUACCAUAAAUGAUUAGAAAGCUUAGUUUGUACAUAGUACCUAUAAAUGAGCAUGGCAUUUUACAGGGAUUAUUUUGUUAAUCUGGGGUAAGUUACAGGGAUUAUUUU